CUCUGUGUCAUCCACCGUCACUCUCAUCUUCCAAUUUAAUUGGUCUGUAGGUCAACAACAGAGAGAAGAAGAAGGCAAAUUUCUAAAGCGGCGUCGUGUUGGUCUUGAGCUCUGUGUGUUCCAAAAAUGGAGUUCGCUAACAAGGCGGUGAGCGCUGCAACGAGAGCGGCGAAGAACAACACGGUGAUAAACGUGUGCCUGGUAGGCUCGUUCAUCGCGCUGAGCGUAAGGUCGGUGAAGCAGCAAAACGACAUCGAAUCGCUGGAGGCGGAGAAGGCGUCGCUCAACAAAUCGAACAAGGCUGCGAAGCAGACUAUGUGGCACUGGAAGCAGCAGCUGUACGCCGAGGCCUCAUCCACUGACGGCGCCGUUUUGGUCCCUCUCGCCAGACUCAAAGCCAUUUACGGCGAAGCUCCCGUUGCCCAAAUUGGAGAAGCUGUGAAGGAAGAAUCAAAAUCUGCUGCCCCCAAAUUUGUGGUCUGAUUUUGGGACAUUGGGUUGCUGCUUGCAUUUGCAAAUUGGGUAUUUGCUUUCUUUGCCUUGCAAGCUUGUAAUGCAGUUGCAGCUGAAUUUAAUGGUCAGGCUUUGAGUUCAUUUUGCACUUCUGUCAUUUUGGUGAAGAGAGAAAGGAUCAUUUUGAACUCAUUCAAGUUUGCCAUGGGACUGAAUUUAUUCAUUUCUCUGUGUUUUUAUGUGGCAUUUGCAACAAAUAAGGACUCUUGCAAUUGGAUCAAUGAAUGAACAAAUAAGGACACUAAA